UAUCUCCAUCAUCAUUCAUCACUAGUCCUCACUUCCCCUUCAUCCAUUCAAAUUAUUCACCAAAAUGUCUAUUGAUUGUUGCAAUGGCAAAAAGUGCUUAUGGGCUUUUGGGCUAGUGACAUGUUUGGUUGCCAUGUUAAUAGGGGCAGGGGAAGCAAGGGUGCCAUUUGCGUGUGACCCCCAAAAAGGGUUAACAAGGGGGUUCAAGUUUUGCAGAACAAACGUGCCAAUCCAUGUUAGGGUGCAGGACCUCAUAGGGAGGCUCACAUUGGCGGAGAAGAUAAGACUGGUGGUGAACAAUGCCAUUGAGGUGCCACGGCUCGGAAUUCAAGGCUAUGAGUGGUGGUCGGAGGCGUUGCACGGCGUUUCUAAUGUGGGGCCAGGGACUAAGUUCGGUGGGGCCUUCCCCGCCGCCACCAGCUUCCCUCAGGUUAUCACCACCGCUGCUUCAUUCAAUCAGUCGCUGUGGAAAGAAAUUGGACGGGUGGUGUCUGAUGAGGCAAGAGCUAUGUACAAUGGUGGAGCAGCAGGAUUGACGUAUUGGAGCCCGAAUGUGAACAUUUUCCGUGACCCCCGGUGGGGCCGUGGCCAGGAAACUCCCGGUGAGGACCCAACCUUAGCUGCGAAAUACGCCGCUAGCUAUGUCCAGGGACUCCAAGGUGAUGGUGCCGGUAACCGCCUCAAGGUUGCUGCUUGUUGCAAGCACUACACUGCCUAUGACCUUGAUAACUGGAAUGGUGUGGACAGGUUUCAUUUCAAUGCCAGGGUUAGCAAGCAGGACUUGGAGGACACAUAUAAUGUACCAUUCAAAGCCUGUGUGAUGGAAGGCAAAGUAGCAAGUGUGAUGUGCUCUUACAAUCAGGUGAAUGGAAAGCCUACAUGUGCUGAUUCUGAUCUUCUUCGCAACACAAUCCGUGGCCAGUGGCGUCUUAAUGGGUACAUAGUCUCAGACUGUGACUCUGUUGGAGUAUUCUAUGACAACCAACACUACACCAGAACACCUGAAGAAGCAGCUGCAGAAGCAAUUAAAGCUGGGCUGGAUCUUGAUUGCGGCCCAUUCUUGGCCCUCCACACUGAUGCAGCCAUUAAGAAUGGGCUCAUUACAGAAAAUGAUCUUAACCUUGCCUUGGCCAACCUUAUUACUGUCCAGAUGAGAUUGGGCAUGUUCGACGGCGAGCCAUCGGCCCAUCCAUACGGGAACUUGGGCCCGAGAGAUGUCUGCACCCCGGCCCAUAACGAACUUGCCCUUGAAGCAGCUAGGCAGGGCAUAGUUCUGCUAGAAAACAAAGGAAAUGCCCUGCCAUUAUCCCCUACUCGACACCGCACUGUAGGAGUCAUUGGACCUAAUUCAGAUGUUACUGUUACAAUGAUAGGAAACUAUGCUGGUGUGGCAUGUGGUUAUACUACACCAUUGCAAGGGAUUGCUAGAUAUGUGAAGACCAUUCAUCAAGCAGGAUGCAGGGACGUCAGUUGCCGCGGAACCGAACUAUUUGGAAACGCAGAAAUUGUGGCUAGGCAGUCUGAUGCCACAGUGGUAGUGGUGGGCCUUGACCAGUCCAUAGAAGCUGAGUUCAGAGACAGGGUUGGGCUUCUAUUACCAGGCCACCAACAAGAGCUCGUGUCUAGAGUGGCCCGGGCCGCAAGAGGCCCGGUUGUGCUGGUCAUCAUGUCUGGUGGGCCUGUUGAUGUCCAAUUUGCUAAAGAUGAUCCUAAGAUCAGUGCCAUUUUGUGGGUUGGUUACCCUGGCCAAGCUGGAGGAACUGCCAUUGCAGAUGUGAUUUUUGGUAGAACAAACCCUGGAGGAAGGCUACCCAACACAUGGUACCCUCAGUCCUAUGUGGCUAAACUACCCAUGACAAACAUGGACAUGCGACCAAACCCAGCAUCAGGGUACCCAGGAAGGACCUACAGAUUCUACAAGGGCCCAGUGGUGUUCCCAUUUGGGCAUGGACUGAGCUACAGUAGGUUCACACAUACCUUAGCAGUUGCCCCAGAACAGGUUUCAGUCCCCAUUGCAAGCCUCCAAGCCUUUAGAAACUCAACCAUGUCAAGCAAAGCAGUGAAAGUGAGUCAUGCCAAGUGUGGUGCCUUGAAAAUGGGAUUCCAUGUUGAUGUGAAAAAUGAAGGCUCCAUGGAUGGAACUCACACCCUUCUGAUUUUCUCAACUCCACCACCUGGAAAAUGGUCUGCAAGUAAACAAUUGGUGAGCUUCCACAAGACAUAUGUUCCUGCUGGCUCAAAGCAAAGGGUCAAUGUUGGUGUUCAUGUGUGCAAGCAUCUUUCAGUUGUGGAUGAGAAUGGGAUUCGAAGAAUCCCAAUGGGUGAUCAUGAACUCCAUAUUGGUGAUGUCAAACACACAAUUUCAGUCCAAACUCUGGAAGAACAAGAUAUCAAACAUUAACUGUCAAACAACUUUGACAGACACAGCUGAAUUUUACAAAUAGCAUUAAUGAUUCCUCAAAUGAGUUGAAAAAUACAAAGAAUAAUAAUAAUGUUGAAAAAGAACAGGUUGCGUGCCUGCAAAUGUAAAAUAAGGAAAUAGGUACUGGUCAUUUCUAAGCCAAUUAUUUGUGCAAAAGUGUGCAAUUGUUACUACUCUGCAAGUGUAAAAUAGGGAAAUAUAGGUGACAUUGUAAGCUAGUCAUCGGAGUAAGUACACUUUGUAAUUUCAUAUUGUGUAAGAGGUUAUUGAGGAAAUUUGAAAGUUCUAAUCCAUUUUCGUUUCA